AUGUUGCAACACAUAAAAAACAACGUUAGUCAAAACAACUUACGUUUUCCUCAACAUCAUAAAUUGUCAACAGCUUCACGAAAUGCGUCACCCAACUUAAAUACAGCUCUUCUUUCGAAAAAAAAUAUUGAAAUUAGAGUUCUGGAUGCAUAUCAAUAUGUAAUUAAUCUUUUGAGUCCACUUAAAAUAAACCAAUGUUUACGAAAUCAACAAACAAUAUCAAUUGAAGAACUUAGUAGUACAAUCUCUGAUCAUUUAGGACAAUCAUGGGCAAGAGAAACCGAUGAGAAUACAAACGAAGAUUCCGAUGUUGAAUCAGAUAAUGAAACAAACAAUAACAUGAUUAAUGAUCUUACAAGUAAUUAUGAUAGUGAUGAGGAUUUGGAAUUCGAUGAUGGUUUCGACUCUAUAAAUAAUGUUACAACAUCUGCAAAUCGUGGAGUACGACUGGUUGACAACGUAAAUGAAAAGCUCUCUCAAACAGACUUUCGAGUUUCAAUUAACAAACAAAAUAAAUUUCUUCACAAACAAACUGCUUGCUGGCUUCUGGAGAAAGAUAAAAGCUCAUUGCCCGCUGAUCGAUUGUCACGCGUUCAAGAACAAUAA